ACGGCGUUUAGUUCAUUAAACAGUGCAGUGGAGCCGCACGAGGAGUAACGGGAGAAGAAAAAUAAAGUAAAAAGUGAAGUAAUAAAGUAGAUAUAAGUGAGAAUAAAGAGAAGACGGUGUGACGGAGGAGACAUGAACCAGCUGGAGCGUCCAAAAGAUGAGGAGGACCAGGAAGAGUCAGAGUGUCACCAUGACAACAGUGAUGGGACCAACAAUAACAAUAACAACAACCGACACAAGACGGUGUGUCCAGAUGUCGGUGAACAUCCCCUCCAGUAUAACUACACCUUCUGGUACAGCAGAAGAACUCCGAGUCGUCCUGCGAGUUCUCAGAGUUAUGAACAAAACAUCCGACAGAUCGGCACUGUGGCAUCGGUGGAGCAGUUCUGGAGGUUUUACAGUCACCUGGUCCGACCAGGUGAUUUGAGUGGACACAGUGACUUCCACCUGUUCAAGGAGGGAAUCAAACCCAUGUGGGAGGAUGAGUUGAACCGCAGCGGGGGGAAGUGGAUCAUUCGUCUUCGUAAAGGUUUGGCCACUCGAUUCUGGGAGAACAUCAUACUGGCCAUGUUGGGAGAGCAGUUCAUGGUGGGAGAGGAGAUCUGUGGAGCUGUGGUCUCCAUACGCUUCCAGGAGGACAUACUGUCGAUUUGGAACAGAACGUCCAACGACCAAACGACGACAUCCAGAAUCAGAGACACUUUAAGACGAGUCCUGAACCUUCCGACCAACACCAUCAUGGAGUACAAGACACAUAAUGACAGCCUCAGGGACAACUCGAGCUUCAGAAACACAAAGAUUUCCCUCUGAAGACAAAUGUGUCAGCUGACUGUCCUCCUGUCCAAUCAGAAGGCACAUCAUCAUCAUCAUCAUCAUCGCCAUUGGCCAGUGGAGGAGUGUGUGAGUGUGUGUGUGAGUGUGUGUGUGUGUGUGUGUGUGUGUGUGUGUGUGUGUGUGUGUGUGUGUGUGUGUGUGUGUGCGCGCGUGUGUGUGUGCGUUUGGUGACUGUUGGCUAAUAAACUGACUGAACUUAAGUUGUUUAUCUGUUUUAUUGUUUGUAACAUUGAUUGAUUCUUCACUGAUUGAUUAUUGAUGAGCAGCUUCAGGAAGAUAUUCUCAGAUCUUUUCAUUUCAACCCAACAUGUACAAUCCAACCAGUAUAACCAGUAUAACCAGUUGUUGCUGGUCUGGCCUGCAGAGUUUGAGCAGACAGGAUUUUGUAUUUGUUUUUUUUAAGUUUUUGUUUUCUUUGUGUUAAUUAAACUGAAUAUUUGUUGAAUUUGUCGUUUCUGUUUUACCCAUUAUAUAAAAUAAGUCAUGAAAAAUAAUGUGGGAACUAAAGACAUUCAGGUGGAUUUUUAAUUUUUUACUGAUAAGUACAUCAGUGAGGUCAAUACAACUGUAAGAUUAAAAGACUAAUCGAUUCAACAACCAAUAAAUCACAGGAAUGAAAAAAUAAGCAUCA